AUAGCUAUGCUUUUACUUUGACAGUGCUCACCGGAAGUUAUUCGGAAGUUAAGUUGAACUGUGCAGACGCCGCAGGUUUUAGGCGACACCAGAAGACAGGCACGACAGAGAUGUGGUGGCUGGCGUGGCUCCUCGCCGCCCUGGUGGUGCUCUUCUCCACCCUGGAUGUGUGGUACUUCCUGCGAGCCGGCGCCGUGAUCCUGCGGGCCUGGUUUCAGCCGCCGGUGUGGGACGUGACGGGAGAGCAGGUCGUCGCUGGACGCGUGACUCCACGCGACAUCGACAUGUGCCACAUGAACAACGCUCGGUACCUGCGGGAGUGCGACUUCGCCCGCUUCUCCCUCUACACGCGCAACGGCGUGUUCAAAGCGGCGCGGGCCCUCGGCGCCAACAUGGUGGUGGGGGCCACCACCAUUCGCUACCGCAGGGCUCUGUGUAUAGGAGAGGGCUACGAUCUGUGCAGUCGGAUCGUCACCUGGGACGACAAGGCCUUUUUCCUGGAGCAGAGGUUCGUGUCCACGAAAGACCGGCUGGUGUGUGCCGUCAUGUACUGCAAGCAGAGCGUGAUACGCAGCAGCCCCGACAAGAUCUUGCAGCACCUGUGUAAACGAAAGGUAGUUCGCCCUGAGUUUCCAGAGGACCUGCAGCACUGGGUCAACUUCAUGUCUGCCAGCAGCCAGGCCCUGAGAGCCGAGAGCGGCCUUGACGAGAAGAACAAAUAAAGUUGGAUGAACGGACGUUUUCUCUACGUUUUAAGAUUCGCAGUCUUCUCAGAGAGACUUUUACCAUCUGCGCAGUUGUCACUUCUUCGCUGGUGUGCCUGUUCUUUGCUCCAAGGGUACGUUCAACCCAGCGUUUAAAGAUGUGACCCAGGAACAUUGGAGUGCGUUACAAUGAAAACAGAGGCACGUCACAACGUUUGUAACUAAGUAUCUGACACGCUGACACGUUUUAUCGGGUUGCAGCAGAAAUAAAUCACAUUCACGGGAUUAGGUGUGAGUUUCUUACUGUGACAAAAUGUACACGUAAAGCAGUUAUCUGUAAAAAUGUUGGGAUUAAAAAAAAAAAUACUUGAGUGUGAAUAUUUUA